GGGGAAAAAAAAGAAAAACAAUAAAUAGUACAAAUCAAAUAGGAGAGAAGGAGAAUCUCCAUCGCAGUUGGUUGGUCUUUGCGGAGCGGUGAGCAACCAGAAACCCUACUCGUAGUGGCUAGACGGGUUUCUCUGAAUCUGAACACCUCAAAAUUACAAUCCAAGCUGUUGUUCUCUCGCUCUUUCUCUUGGCUGAGGUCCUGGACUUUUCGAUCUUUGUUACUCAAUUUUAGGAUGUGUUAUUUGUCAAAUUACCAGCCUACUCUUUGACAGUUUGAGGGUAUUUAUUUUCAAUGGGUUCACCUGAACGUGCUCGGAGCCAUGGAAAACGGGAUGUAGAGGAUAGCUCAAAUGUGAAGAGUGAUAGGGAUGAUGGAGAAUGGGAGGGCAGUGAUAAGAGGAAGCAUAGGUCAAGCAAGUCUAGAAAGUCCAGUAAUGCGGAAGAAGGUGAAGGAUUGGACAGCAGUGGGCGAAGGAGAGGUUCUAGUGACAAAGGUGAGAGUCGUAAGAGGUCAAGUGGCUCUAGCAAAGCAGGUAGUGAUGAUGACAGUUAUGGCACUAGAAAGGAGCGAAGCUCUAAGCAAGCGAAGAAAAAACAAGAGGAGAGUACUUUGGAAAAGUUGAGUAGCUGGUACCAGGAUGGAGAACCAGAAAGCAGGCCAGAUGGUGGUGAUAAGUUGGGCAGAAGAGCACAUAGUCGGUCCGAUGAAAAUGAGAGAAGGAAAAUUUCAUCAAAGCUCCCAGAGCAUGAGAGUUCCCAAAGUGGAACUAAAAGCAAAGAAGAAAAAUUCCAUGAUGGAGAGCUUGAGAAGAUGUCAGAUAGAGACUUUAGGUAUUCAGAGAGAAGGGAAAGCAGCAGAGAGAAAGGUCAUGGCUCCUCUGAACAGGUAAAAAGCUCAAGGAGAAGAUGGGAUGAUGCAGGUGCUGUCAGGAAAGCUGAAGAAAAUCAUCAGGAAAAAGCUGAACUGAGAACUGGAAAGGCUUCAGAUUCCAAGCAUGAGAGUACUAAAGAGAGAAGCACAUCUGUGAGAAAUGAAACCAUUGAGAGUAAAAGCAGGGGUGUAGUUGUCAACGGUGAGAAGGGUAACAAAUCAGAUGACAGGGGAGAGAGGAGAGUUGAUACGGACAGGAGUAGGGGCAAAGGCAGGUCAGAAACUUUAGAAGAUAAUAGAGGUAGUCCCGCUCCUCAUGAUGACGAAUCAGGCAGGGAAAAAAUUGACAAGUAUAGACAGCAGAGAACUCCCACUAAUAGGGAAGCCACUGAAAGCCGAGAAAAAUCUGCCGGCCCUGAUGAAGAUGGAAAUUUGUGGAUGAGGGAGAAAAUUGCAAGGGACUUGGGCCAUACAAACAGGUCCAGGACCCCCGAGAAGAGUGGUAGGCGUCAUCGAGAAGCAGAUCAAACUGAGAUGGAUCAUGACAGAAGCAUUGAUCUCAAGCGGAAAGAGCCGGAAAAAGAUGGCCACAGGGAGGAUAGAUCAAAAGGCCGAGAUGAUAACUGGAGUGACAGGAACAGGGAAUGGGAGGAUUCAAAAGAGCACUGGAAAAGAAGGCCUCCCAACAGUGGUGAUAAGGAGUCGAAGGAUGGGGACAUUGCUUAUGAUCGUGGUAGAGAGGAGUUUCCCAGGCAUGGCCGCGAUAGGAAUGACAAUGAAAGGCCUCAUGGUUGGUCAGGUAAUAGAAGAGACGGAAGCAGGGGCGAAGCUGUAAAAACCUCCAAUUUUUCAAAUGAGAACUAUGAUGUGAUAGAGAUCCAAACAAAACCUGAUUAUGGAAGAGCAGAAACUGGAUCCAACUUUGUCAGGCGAACUGAAGUUAGUCAGCAGUCUGACGUGAAAUCAGCCUCAAAUGAUAGGGACUGGUCAUACAUGCGAGAUGAUGGAGCAAGAAGGACCGACACAUAUGGAUCUGGGGUGUCUGCUGAAGAUUUAAAGGAUAGAUAUUUGGAUGAUGGGACAGUUAUGCGAGAUCCAAAUUCAUGGAAGGAUGAGUUUGAUUACCAAGGUGGUAAAGGAAGAGGCCAGAAAGGUGCCGUAUCUGGUCGUAGUGUUGGUGGGCAUAGCAGUUCACAGCCACCGUAUGGCAACCAGGAGGCAGGAUCUUUUGGCAGAGCUCCUCCUCAAGGAGUAAAAGGAACUAGGAUAGGAAGAGGAGGAAGGGGUAGGCCUACUGGCAGAGAUAACCAACAGGUUGGACUCCCUCUGCCAAUUAUGGGAUCACCUUUUGGACCUCUUGGAAUGCCACCGCCUGGACCAAUGCAGCCACUUAACCCCAGUAUGUCGCCUGCUCCUGGUCCUCCAAUUUCACCUGGUGUUUUUAUUCCACCAUUUUCUCCACCUAUGUGGCCUGGGGCUCGUGGCAUUGAUAUGAACAUGCUAGGUGUUCCACCUGGUCUCUCUCCUGUUCCUCCUGGGCCAUCAGGUCCAAGAUUCCCUCCUAAUAUGGGGAAUCAAUCAAAUCCCCCCAUGUAUUUUAAUCAAGCUGGGCCAGGACGUGGUAUUCCUCCAAGCAUAGCUGGGCCUGGUUUUAAUUCUGCAGGACCUAUGGGACGAGGAGCACUACCUGAUAAAGCCCCUGGAGCUGGGGGUUGGGUUCCUCCCAGAAAUAAUGGACCUCCUGGUAAAGCUCCUUCCAGAGGGGAGCAGAAUGAUUAUUCUCAAAACUUUGUCGACACUGGCAUGCGACCCCAAAACUUCAUUAGGGAGUUAGAGCUUACCAAUGUUGUUGAGGAUUAUCCGAAGCUCAGGGAGCUAAUACAGAAGAAGGAUGAGAUUGUCACCAAAUCUGCUACUCCGCCCAUGUACUUCAAAUGCGACCUGCGUGAGUUUGAGCUGUCCCCUGAGUUCUUUGGAACCAAGUUUGAUGUCAUUCUGGUGGACCCACCUUGGGAGGAAUAUGUUCAUCGAGCUCCAGGAGUUGCUGACCAUAAGGAGUACUGGAAUUUUGAAGAAAUAUCAAAUCUUAAGAUUGAGGCAAUAGCAGACACACCUUCGUUUAUCUUCCUGUGGGUAGGUGAUGGUAUGGGCCUUGAGCAGGGCCGCCAAUGUUUAAAGAAGUGGGGAUUUCGUAGAUGUGAGGAUAUUUGUUGGGUGAAGACAAACAAAUCUACUCCAACUCCGUCUUUGCGACAUGAUUCUCAUACCUUGUUUCAGCACUCAAAGGAGCACUGCUUGAUGGGAAUAAAAGGAACUGUUCGGCGUAGUACUGAUGGUCAUAUAAUUCAUGCCAACAUUGACACUGAUGUGAUUAUUGCUGAAGAACCUCCGUAUGGUUCGACUCAAAAGCCUGAAGAUAUGUAUCGAAUAGUAGAGCACUUUGCUCUUGGCCGCAGAAGGAUCGAACUCUUUGGUGAAGACCAUAAUAUUCGCUCAGGUUGGCUGACUGUUGGAAAAGGAUUAUCCUCGUCAAAUUUCAAUGCUGAGGCAUACAUCAAGAAUUUUGCUGACAAGGAUGGGAAAGUUUGGCAAGGGGGAGCAGGAAGAAAUCCGCCCCCAGAGGCACCGCAUCUUGUCCUAACAACCCCUGAUAUAGAAUCUCUUAGGCCCAAGUCACCGAUGAAGAACCAGCAGCAGCUACAGCAACAGCAGUCAGCAGCAAUUACACUGACAACACCCAGCAGAAGAGCAGGUGGAAAUUCACCUCAGAAUCCAGGCGCUUUAAGCUUAAAUCAAGAAGCUUCGAGCUCCUGCCCUUCUACUCCAGCUCCUUGGGUUUCUCCAAUGGAGGGGUUUAGAGGGCGAGAAGCUGGGAAUAUGCCUUCAGAAGACAAGGUUUUUGAUAUGCAUGGAUAUGGUGGCCAGACAGGUGGAGAUUAUGUAGAUUUUGAAUCUCAUAGACCAUCGAAUUUAUUGUAACAGAAAGCACAACAUAAAAAUGUGUCAUUUUGCUUGUACGUUUUUUCCUUGAUAAUUUAUAAAUGGAAAAAAAAGGCCAUUUCUCGCCUGUUGUUGCA